UUCUCUACAAACGAACGGCUUUAUUAUUUUUGUCCUGAGAGAGUAUCCGUAGUCUGACGUAUUUUGUAAGCGACGAGCGCCGGCAAACAUGGGACAGAACCAGAGUGGAGGACAUGGACCAGGUGGUGGGAAAAAGGAUGACAAGGAUAAGAAGAAGAAAUACGAGCCGCCGAUCCCUACGCGAGUCGGCAAGAAGAAGAAAAAGACCAAAGGACCAGAUGCAGCGAGCAAACUUCCUUUAGUGACUCCACACACUCAGUGCAGGCUGAAGCUGCUGAAGCAAGAGCGCAUUAAAGAUUACCUGCUGAUGGAGGAGGAGUUCAUCAGGAACCAGGAGCAGAUGAAACCGCUGGAGGAGAAACAGGAGGAGGAGAGGUCGAAGGUCGAUGACCUGAGAGGGACUCCAAUGUCUGUGGGGAAUCUGGAGGAGAUAAUUGACGAUAAUCACGCCAUCGUGUCCACCUCGGUGGGCUCGGAGCACUAUGUCAGCAUCCUGUCUUUCGUGGAUAAAGACCUGCUGGAGCCGGGCUGCUCUGUGUUGCUCAACCACAAGGUCCACGCAGUCAUCGGUGUGCUGAUGGACGACACCGAUCCUCUGGUGACGGUGAUGAAGGUGGAAAAAGCUCCACAGGAGACGUACGCUGAUAUCGGAGGACUGGACACUCAGAUCCAGGAGAUCAAGGAGUCAGUCGAGCUGCCUCUCACACACCCAGAGUAUUACGAGGAGAUGGGCAUUAAACCUCCUAAAGGAGUCAUUCUGUACGGACCUCCCGGAACCGGUAAAACCCUCCUGGCCAAAGCGGUAGCCAAUCAGACGUCAGCGACGUUCCUGCGUGUGGUGGGUUCGGAGCUGAUCCAGAAGUACCUGGGCGACGGACCCAAACUGGUGCGCGAGCUUUUCAGAGUGGCAGAGGAACACGCGCCCUCCAUCGUUUUCAUCGACGAGAUCGACGCCAUCGGGACCAAGAGGUACGACUCGAACUCCGGCGGCGAGCGUGAGAUCCAGAGGACGAUGCUGGAGCUCCUCAAUCAGCUGGACGGAUUUGACUCUCGUGGAGAUGUUAAAGUCAUCAUGGCCACGAACCGCAUCGAAACACUCGACCCUGCGCUCAUCAGACCAGGUCGGAUUGAUCGGAAGAUCGAGUUCCCUCUGCCGGACGAGAAGACCAAGAAAAGAAUUUUCCAGAUUCACACGAGCCGGAUGACUCUGGCUGAUGAUGUCACCCUCGAUGACCUCAUCCUGGCGAAAGACGAUCUCUCCGGAGCCGACAUCAAGGCGAUCUGCACCGAGGCUGGGCUCAUGGCGCUCCGCGAGCGCAGGAUGAAAGUCACUAAUGAAGAUUUUAAGAAGUCUAAAGAGAACGUGUUGUAUAAGAAGCAGGAGGGAACUCCUGAAGGCUUGUACCUCUAACCCCUGUGUGUGUGUGUGUGUGUGUGUGUGUGUGUGUGUGUGUGUGUGUGUGAGAGAGAGAGAGCGCGAGAAUACAUGAAACUGAAUGGAAAUGUCCAUUUAAGAUGUGUUUUUUUAUUAUUUAUAUAUAUUUUGUUGUUCUCCAGUGUGUCAGCACAUUAAACGUGUGGAAGAUAAA